CAACUUGCACCCCUAGCUUAGCUACCUUCAUUCUCUAUUCUAUCAGUGCACAAGAUUUUUCUCCAAUGGCAUCAAAGUUAAUCUUCACCACUGUCGUCGUUUUACUUAUGCUUUUAUGUUGCAGUUCUGCAUAUGAAUGCUUUGGUGCUGAUGCUGCUGGUCUUAGGGAGAUUCCACACAGGAAGCUUAAGAUGCUGUCUUUGAAGGAUAAGAAAGCUACUCUGAAGGCUAGUCUGCGAGGAUCAUCACAAAGCAUCAAGUAUGGUGAAAAGCCACUAAGUUGGGAGUUGAGGAAGGUUCCUUCAGGUCCAGACCCACUGCAUCAUAACGGUGUCAACCCCAAAAAGCCUCAAACCCCUUAAACUUUAUGAUGGAACCUGUUUCUGUGCUCUUCCUGGUAUUUGUUAUCAGCCUAAA